AAAAGCACAUGCGCACUAAAGAUGCGUGAUGGACUCGUGUUGCAAACACUCGUCAGCGCCACGCUUCACUGCAACUCGACGUCAACAAUAUUCUGAAAUACAGCGCGCGGGAGAACGGAGAAUUUGACUGCAAGAAGUCGCAAACAUUUCGUUUGAAUUGAGCAUUAUUAAAAAUGUAUUUAAAGCGUAAUAUAUUUGCAGCAAUAUGAGAUUCUGUCGUUUGUUAAAAUUCGUUGCAAUAGGCGUAUUAUUCAAUGAUGAAUGUAGUCUUGGUAAUUAGAAUAAUUUGUGUGUCAAACUAAGAGAAACGCGGAAGAAAAUGAUUUUUGGACGACAUCGAUUCAGUCACUUGGAAAAUAUUCUACUCAUCGUCACACUGGCAAAGACCGUCUGCGACGCUGUCAUAGUUACUUCCACAGCAAGAGACAUGGGACAAGACGCCCUCACGUUCAAGAAGCCGGUACUGAAAUACUUCCCUAAUGUAACGUCAGGAACAACGUCAGUUCCGAUGGCCGAUCGCUGGCCGCAGAAACACCGGAAGCAGGAACUCUGGGCGCAACAACUGAGCGGCUCGGCUCACGUCGUCAACAAAAGGUUGUUUCCCCUGACUGCGGGCAACGACGUAGUAAGCCGGAACAUAACCAUGGUGCUGGAAAACCUGCUGAAAAACUACGAGAGCAGUCAACUGCCAACCCAUGGCAAAGAUCACCCCACGAUUGUGAGAACAAAUAUGCUGAUACGAAGUAUGGGCCCAAUAUCAGAGCUGGACAUGGACUACUCAAUGGACUGCUACUUUCGACAGUAUUGGAGAGACUCAAGGCUCAGUUUCCUUGGACCGAUUAAGAACUUGAGUCUUAGCAUCAAGAUGCUGGAGAGAAUUUGGCGUCCUGAUACGUAUUUCUACAACGGCAAGAAUUCAUACGUCCACACCAUCACAGUUCCAAAUAAACUGCUGAGGAUUACACAAGAAGGCGACAUUUUAUACUCCAUGCGAUUGACAAUAAAGGCCAAAUGCCCGAUGGAACUUCGCAGCUUCCCAAUGGAUAGGCAGUCCUGUCCGUUGAUAUUUGGGAGCUAUGCAUACACAACACAGCAUCUGGUGUACCAGUGGCAAUCUGGGAGCAGUGUGGACUUUGUGAAGGGCAUGGCUCUCUCACAGUUUGACCUCAUAAGCUUUCCCCAGAGGAACCUGACCUUCAAAAGGAGAGAAGGUGAAUUCUCAGUUCUGCAAGUGAACUUCAACUUGCAGCGACACACUGGCUACUUUCUUAUUCAAGUGUAUGUGCCUUGCAUCCUCAUAGUGGUGUUGUCAUGGGUCUCCUUCUGGAUACAUCGAGAGGCUACAAGUGACAGAGUUGGUCUUGGUAUUACUACUGUACUGACACUGUCAACAAUAAGCCUAGACAGUAGGAUAGACCUGCCUAAGGUUCGCUAUGCCACGGCUCUGGACUGGUUUCUGCUAAUGAGCUUCUUUUACUGCAUUGCUACACUUCUCGAGUUUGCUGGUGUUCAUUACUUUACAAAGGUUGGCAGUGGUGAGAUUCCUGUGGAUGAGGAAGAAUGGUUAGAUGCAGAAGGGCCUCCAGAAGAGGCAGUGGGCUGCAUUGCAACUGACAUACCAGACACCAGUCAAAGCCCAUCAUUACGAUCAGGACGCCGGAGGAGCUCCCUUAUCUGCCCCAUUUACAAUGAUCCACUUAACUAUGGAAUUUCAACAUUAUCAUCUCCAUCGUGCCAGCAGCAGCAGCAGCAAGCACACCGCCACAAUCGAGUCAUGUGUGUGACACGCCAGACCCAGACUGAACGCCAUGUACCCAAGUGGCAACAGUUGCUGUAUUGUUUAGCAGGAGAUGAUGCAUAUCGCCGCCAGCGACAGCGUGAGGCUGCCCAUGCUGCAGCUGGAGAUGUAGGAGUCAUUUCCAGACAUGUGAAUAGUGUGUCCCACAUAGACAAGGCAGCACGUAUCUUGUUCCCUGCCUCAUUUGGUCUCCUGAAUCUCUUCUAUUGGGUUGCUUAUUAUACGUGUCAGGAGGAAUUUGGUUGGAGAGACCCACCCAUUGCACCCUUCAGUCACUAAACUGUAGAUGAAACUGAAUUUAAGAACAUUCACUUUCAACUCUUACUCAAAAACAGUUCUGUGAAAAAAAAACUACAGGAGGACAUAUUUGUUUGAUAGUUUAUUCAACUACUUAUAAAAUCCAGAAUUUUCCUGGAGUGGUUGAGAAAAACCACAAAGAAACUCAGUCAGGAAAAUCACCCUAAAGGCAGAUAAUCAAAACCUUGACCAUUUAAAUACAAAAUAGGAGGACUAACUAUUAUACAGGAACAUUCAUUAGGAAGCCAAUAAUGUAAAGGAGUGAGCACAAAUCACCACUGGUAAUUAUUCAUAUUAUGGUUAUUAUAUCUAUCAUAAAUGUGGUUUACUUAAUUUCUAUAAUUAAUUAUCAUCUUCAUAGUUGUGGGUAGCUGCUGUCCUUUCCCUGCAUUCCAAAGUACCCUCACCCACAUUAUCAUGUAUUUUCUAGCUUCCCCUUCUCAUCUAUUUACAUGUGCAGUUCAAAUUUGACCCAGGCAGUCACUGCUUCUUGUGAACAGUGAUGGGACUCAAUGUCAUUCCACACAGUCCUUUCAUGGGAUGGGACAAAUAUGUACAUGUAGGGACAGAGUGCCUCAUGGAAAAAUAAAAUAAUAUGAUUUAUUGGCACGGUAUGAUCAAAAUCCUGGGUCAAGUCUGAACCACCUAUGUAGCUCCCUGGGAGGUCAGUUUAUGGUUGGAGUUAAUUUAUUGGUUUGUGUAUUAUGUUUUAAUUUGGUUAUCCUUUCAGGUCCUCUGUUAAAUUCAGUCCAACAAUGAUAAAAUUGUGUUGUGUUCCAGUACCAGAUUAUAUCAGAUUUCAAUUUCAAAUAAAAUAAAUAGAUUUUUUCUUCUGGUAA